AUGGGCGCCGCAACUCGCCUGAAACGACCUGCCGUCGAUGAUAAUGGUGUCAAAGAAAAUCAUCAACCUCUCCUUGAAUCCAAGAAGAAAGUGUCUAAACAUGAAAGAAAAGAUAAAAAGAGAUCUAGCUCACAGAGUGUAGGGGAGCUUCCUUUGAGAAAGAUGCCGAAGCGAGCUGCUGCUUGCUCAGAGUUUAAAGAGAAGCCUCUGCACAUAUCCAGCAAGUCAGAUGUCAUUGAAAUGAAAUUGGACCAAUGUGUUGGAGAAGAGGUUGUAGCUGUUAAGUUGACGGCUGGGCAAGAUGAUGGUCGUCCUUGCAGAAGGCUCGUGGACUACGUUUUCCAUAAUGUGGCUGGAGAACCACAGCCAUUGGAAAUGGUGGAACUCGAUGAUGUUUACAUUUCUGGGCUUAUCUUACCUAUCGAGGCGGGUGAUGGUAAAGAAAAAUCUGUAGGAAUUAGGUGUGAAGGUUUUGGACGUAUAGAGGAAUGGGCAAUUUCAGGUUAUGAAGAUGGAUUUCCAACCAUAUGGGUGUCCACUGAGGUUGCUGAUUAUGAUUGUUGUAAGCCUUCUGGUGUCUACAAGAAGUACUACGAUCAGUUCUAUGCCAAAGCAAGUGCAUGCAUUCAAGUUUACAGAAAAUUAUCAAAAUCUUCUGGUGGAAAUCCGGAUUUGGGUCUUGAAGAGUUACUUGCUGGGGUUGUGCGGGCAAUGAAUGGUAUGAAGUGCUUUCCCAGUGCAGCUUGUGUUCGGGAUUUUAUUGUUUCUCAGGGUGAGUUCAUCUACAAAGAACUUGUAGGUUUGGAUGAGACAUCAAAGAACAGUGACCAGUCUUUUCUUGAUCUGCCUGUUCUUAUUGCCCUAAGAGAUGUAGCUUCCCUGGAAGAAAAUUUGCCACCAGUAAAGGCUGGGCUAUCUGGUGGAAGUUUAAGAAUAGGCCCUAAAGAUGAUAAUUCGAACCAUCGAUCUGGUUCUUCUAAUCCUCCAGAGGAUGGGGAUCACAGGUUAGCCAGAAUUUACGAUGAUGGAGAACGCUGGCUCGCAUUGACAACUAAGAAGAGUAGAGUUCCAUCCUCAUUGUCUAGCAAAUAUUAUAUCAAGAUCAAUGAGGAUGAGAUUGCAAAUGACUAUCCUCUGCCUGCAUAUUACAGUACCUGCAAUGAUGAGGCAGAUGAAUAUAUUGUAUUUGAUAGUGGGACUACUGAAAUUGAAAAUUUACCAGUACGAAAGCUACACAAUUGGGCUUUAUACAACUCAGAUUCAAGACUGAUAUCACUGGAGCUACUUCCAAUGAGGCCGUGUUCUGAAAUCGAUGUGACUAUAUAUGGUUCUGGGGUGGUGACGGAGGAUGAUAAUUCGGGGUAUGUUUUAGACACUGAUCCUAGUCAAUUGUGUUCAAGUGGUUCUGGCACAUCUGAAGUUGAUGGGAUGCCUGUUUUUCUGACUGCAAUAAAAGAGUGGAAGAUAGAAUUUGGGUUCUCAAUGGUCUUCAUAUCAAUUCGAACUGAUAUGUCCUGGUACAGACUUGGAAAGCCAUCAAAGCAAUAUGCCUCAUGGUAUGAACCUGUUCUUAAAACAGCUAGGGUGGCUAUCAGUAUAAUUACUCUACUGAAAGAACAGAGCCGAGUAGCACGGCUUUCUUUUGCAGAUGUCAUCAAGAGGGUAUCAGAAUUUAAUAAAGAUAAUUGUGCUUUUAUAUCUUCAAAGGCAGAUGUGGUGGAAAGAUAUAUUGUUGUCCACGGGCAGAUCAUUCUGCAGCAGUUCUCUGAGUUCCCAGAUGAAAAUAUAAAGAAAUGUGCUUUUGUUGUUGGUCUUGCUCAGAAAAUGGAAGAGCGACACCACACAAAAUGGCUGGUCAAGAAGAAGAAGAUGGUUGAGCGAUGUUUGUCUAAUUCAAAUCCAAGAGCUGCAUUGGCACCCAUAGAGUCCAAGAGGAAGGCUAUGCAGGCGACAACUACUAGGCUGGUCAACAGAAUAUGGGGUGAAUACUAUUCAAAUUAUUCACCAGAGGCAGCUGAUGGAGUCAAUCCUGAUACGAAUGAGGAUCUCAAGGAGGAUGAAGAAGUAGAAGUAGAUGAAAAUGAAGAGGACAAUGCUCUAUUAGAGGGUCAAAGAGUUUAUCCUGAGAAAACUCACAUGCCUACCUCAUCAUCAAGAGGAACCAAGUCAUGUUCAAACAUGAAUAUUAGGUGGAUUGGUGAAUCUGUUGGCAAAACAUAUACCGCUGGGUUGCUAUACAAAUCAGCCAUUGUUCAUACUGAUGAGAUCACAGUAGGGAGUGCUGUUCUUGUGGAGGAGGAUGAAUCAGAUGAGGAUAAAAUUAUGUAUUUUGUGGAAUAUAUGUUUGAAAAAAUGGAUGGAAGCAAAAUGUUCCAUGGACGUAUGAUGGUAAGAGGAUCUCAAACUGUUUUGGGAAAUGCUGCCAACCAAAGAGAAGUGUUUUUGAUGAAUGAGUGUGCUGAUUUCAAACUGGAAGAUGCCAAACAAAAAGUUACCAUGGAAAUAAGAAAAAGGCCUUGGGGACAUCAGUACAGGAAAGAUGAUGCAAUUGCCAAUAAAACAGAGAGAUUAAGAUCUGAGGAAAGAGAAAAAAAGGGUCUACCAAUUGAGUAUUACUGCAGAAGCUUGUAUUCGCCCGAGAAAGGUGCUUUCUUCAGUCUUCCUGUUAAUGAAUUGGGUCUUGGGUCUGGUUUUUGUUGCUCCUGCAAAUUAAGAGAAUCUGAUGCCGACAAGGAGAAGUUUGAAAUAGGCGCGUCUGGGACCAGUUUUUUCUACCUUGGGACUGAAUAUUUCAUUUGUGAUUAUGUGUAUGUAAACCCGCAUCAAUUUACUGCCAGAAAGGUUGAAAGUGAAACCCACAAAGGAGGGAGAAAUGUGGGAUUGAAGGCUUAUGUUGUGUGCCAACUGCUUGAGAUAGUGGGUCAUACUUCAACUAGAAAAACUGAACCAAAUCAUGCCCAAGUAAAGGUCAGGAGAUUUUUUAGGCCGGAGGACAUAUCAUAUGAGAAAGCAUACGUAUCAGAUAUUCGAGAGGUCUAUUAUAGCGAGGAAAUUCACAGGAUAUCAAUUGACACAAUUGAAGGCAAAUGUGAAGUUAGAAAGAAGCAUGAUCUUCCAUCUGAUGAGGUCCCUGCCAUCUUUGAUCAUGUUUUCUUUUGCGAGCACCUCUACGAUCCUUCGAAAGGAUCUCUUAAGCAGAUGCCCUCCAAUAUCAAGUUGAGAUAUAGUCCUAUGAAGCUUGAUCAGAAUGAGGAUUGCAGGAAGAAAAAGGGGAAGUGCAAAGAAAGUGAAAAUGACCAAGGAGCUGAAAAGCAAAAAUUGGAUUCUCUAGCGACUCUUGAUAUUUUUGCAGGUUGUGGUGGCUUGUCUGAGGGACUUCAACAAUCAGGUGUCACAUCCACAAAGUGGGCGAUUGAGUAUGAAGAAGCUGCUGGAAAUGCUUUUAAGCUCAAUCAUCCAGAGUCUCUGGUCUUCAUCAACAACUGCAAUGUCAUACUAAGGGCAAUAAUGCAGAAAUGUGGUGAUGGAGAUGACUGCAUAUCUACUUCAGAGGCUAAUGACUUAGCUGCAUCUCUUAGUGAAGAUGAGCUGGAAAGUUUGCCAGUUCCGGGACAAGUGGAUUUUAUCAAUGGGGGGCCACCUUGUCAGGGCUUUUCUGGAAUGAACAGAUUUAAUCAUAGCACUUGGAGUAAAGUUCAAUGUGAAAUGAUUCUUGCAUUUCUAUCAUUUGCGGACUACUAUAGACCAAAAUAUUUCCUUUUGGAGAAUGUGAGGAAUUUUGUUUCAUUCAAUCAAGGCCAGACAUUCCGUUUGACCCUAGCAUCACUUCUUGAAAUGGGUUACCAGGUUAGGUUUGGUAUCCUUGAAGCUGGAUCAUUUGGAGUUCCACAGUCCAGGAAACGAGCAUUUAUAUGGGCAGCCUCACCAGAGGAGGUCCUUCCAGAUUGGCCAGAACCAAUGCAUGUAUUUGCUGCACCAGAAUUGAAAAUCUCAUUGUCAGCAAAUACUUAUUAUGCAGCUGCGAGAAGCACUGCCAAUGGAGCUCCAUUCCGGUCUCUAACUGUAAAAGAUACAAUUGGUGAUCUUCCGGCUGUUGUUAAUGGGGCAUCAAAAAUUAGUUUGGAGUACAAGUGUGACCCUGAAUCGUGGUUUCAGAAAAAAAUUCGAGGGAAAUCUGUAGUUUUGUCUGAUCACAUAUCAAAAGAAAUGAAUGAGCUUAAUCUCAUCAGGUGUCAGAGAAUCCCUAGGCGUCCAGGUGCAGAUUGGCGUGAUCUGCCAGAUGAAAAGGUGAAAUUGACUAAUGGUCAAAUGGUUGAUUUGAUACCAUGGUGCCUGCCAAAUACAGCCCAAAGACACAACCAGUGGAAGGGGCUAUUUGGGAGAUUGGAUUGGGAGGGCAACUUUCCUACUUCUGUAACUGAUCCCCAGCCUAUGGGUAAAGUAGGAAUGUGCUUUCAUCCUGAGCAGGACAGGAUUGUGACAGUUCGUGAAUGUGCACGUUCUCAAGGCUUUCCUGACAGCUACAAGUUUUCCGGUAAUAUUCUCCACAAACACAGGCAGAUUGGUAAUGCUGUACCUCCUCCUUUGGCGUAUGCAUUAGGGAGGAAACUCAAGGAGGCGAUUCAGAGAAAGCAUUCUGUUUAG